AUGAUACCUUGUAGAGAAAUCUUCCUUCUUCUGUUUCUAUCACUCUCAAUCACGAUUCCGGAAGUGAUUUCGUAUGCAAAAGUUUCGAAGAAUGGUAAGGAAGCAGUUGACUCUGAAGGUGAACCGCUCGUCGGAAUGCCGAGCUCUGGGGGUCAAAAAAGUGAAGGCCGAAGUGUGCAGGACAUCGUAAUUACAGCCUCUCCAGUAUUCGUCAGUGCCAGAAAUCCUAUUCUUCGGCCUGGGGAGGCUAUUGAUUAUCCGACAACGAAAAGUUAUUCGACAUUGAACGAAGGAAUGGUAGCACAAUUGGAUUCCUUAGUUAGGCAAGCCCAAGAGAGAUUUCAUCCCCCUGCCCCAUUUGAGCAUAAUGUAGCAAAAAAAAAUGCAAUGAAAAAUGCGAUGCUUUACCAAAAUCGGCCAGAUUCAGGAAAGGGUAGUUCAUCAAGUUCAAUGUCAAGGCCACCGCUGGGACCAGAUAUUACCUAUACAAGACCUGUCAUUUCCGGUACUUACUAUGAACCCCCUAAUUUUGGCUCUGUCGGCUCGAAACCUUCUUACAGCGGCCCCAAUUAUCCACCUUUAGAUCCUGGCCCCGAGGAACCAACGUCUUACGCAACAGAUUCUUAUUUAAAAGAUCCUAAUCCAAAGGGAGCAGCAUCUUAUGGAUCAGACUCUUAUCUAAACAACCAUGGACCAGAUCAGGAUCCACAGGAUAGUUAUGGAAAUAAACCAAUGAAUGGGGAUACCCCGCCAAAAUCAGUCGAGUAUGAAACUCAUUUUGAUCAUCCUCCUUUUCCGGAUAGCUAUGGCUCUGAUCACGACUAUCAUCACGAAAUAAUCUAUGAUCACAUCCCUGAUGACCAUCUGCAUCAUCAUCAUCAUCAUACUACUACCACAACAGAAGAGCCAGAAAUGGAUGAUCAGCGUCUCAGCAAGAGACCUUAUUCGUAUUAUUUUAUUGGUAAGAAGCUCUGGUAUGUUCCUCUCUACUUCAGCGUUUACUUUAUCAUCUACAUAGCGGCCCUAGUUUUCAAGAGUGUAGCCAGGCACAAGAUCAACUUCCCGGCUACUUUGGCAGCUGCUUCUGCAGAUGCCAGAAGCGCUGGUAAUCACGAGAACGAGUCGAGUUGGUGGGAUUAUACAGUGUGGAUUCUGGAGGCUAUUGAAAAAUAUAGAAAAACCUGAACAAUUGUUUUCCAGGGAGGGGUUGAAUCACUUUUGAAAAAUAAGGGAAGGUUGAAAGCUUUCUGCUUCUUUGGAGGAUAUGCAGAGAACAAUUUUCUAGCACUAUGUCAUUCACAGAUUGUUUU